CCCUGCGGGCCAUGCCCGGCCGGCCCUAAGCGCCGGCCGGGGGGGCGUCCCCUUGCGCCCGGGCCCCGCGCUGGCGCCCCCCGGGCCGCCGCCAGGCGCGGGGGCCAUGGCGUUCACCUUCGCCGCGUUCUGCUACAUGCUCACCCUGGUGCUGUGCGCCUCCCUCAUCUUCUUUGUCAUCUGGCACAUCAUAGCCUUUGACGAGCUGCGGACUGACUUCAAGAACCCCAUCGACCAGGGCAACCCAGCGCGGGCACGCGAGCGUUUAAAAAAUAUCGAACGCAUUUGCUGCCUACUGAGGAAGCUGGUGGUCCCAGAAUACUCCAUCCACGGCCUCUUCUGUCUGAUGUUUCUGUGUGCAGCUGAGUGGGUGACCCUGGGCCUCAACAUCCCCCUCCUCUUCUACCACCUCUGGAGGUACUUCCACCGCCCUGCAGAUGGUUCUGAGGUCAUGUAUGAUGCUGUCUCCAUCAUGAAUGCUGACAUUCUCAACUACUGCCAGAAGGAGUCCUGGUGCAAACUUGCCUUCUACCUGCUCUCCUUCUUCUAUUACCUGUACAGUAUGGUUUAUACGUUGGUGAGUUUCUAAGGGGGAAGCCGGCCAGGGAGUGAGCCCAGAACGGACCGGACGCCUGUGCACCCCCAGCCCUGCCCCUGGGCCGCAGAGGCCUCAGCCCUGGGGAGGGAGGGGGCACUGGUGC